UACCUCGACUAGCUGCAUCUCUUGCGGAUAUUUGAAACAACGAGUAGUUCGCUUGUUUGAUGUAGUAUCUAUGUAUAGAUCUAGAAUAGAAGAACGACGUUGGCGGUGAUCACGUUUACGUCGAAAUGACAAAUUACAUUGUUUGUCCGAGUAGGGGCAGAGCCAGGCAAAGGCGCUAGGUGGAAGAAGUAAGUCUGCAGUCUGAAAUUGUUUUUGGCCUCGUUUGUUUCACAGUGAGGACUCUUGAUAUUGUUACAGUACGCAAGCUCACGGGCUAUUUGCAUGAAUCAUAAGUGAGAGAUACUUUGAAGGAGAAAGAUGACGAUGCCUUUAGCUCGAACAGGGAUGCCUGUUGUAGUUUCUUCGUCGUCGCCUAGCAGAAGCCUGACCAGGAACAUCAAGAAUUUCGGCGCCUAGAAAAACGCUGCAGUUCCUAGUACAAGACUGGUCAUACAUCAAUAACAAAGGACAUUGCACUUUCACUAUAAAGCAGCAAACGAAGAGUAGUCAGACUAGUAGCCGAGCGAGGAAGAAAUAUUGUAGCGGAGUAACGGGGCCAAGGAUUUUUGAUUCGGUGCGUCAAAGGGGAAAGAAGCAACCAACGAUUUUCUGGGCGCAUAGGCUUGACGAAUAACGCCAGCAGUAUAGCGUUCGUUCCGACCAUUUCGUUGUCCAUCAAUUCUACAACACAGGAAUCUCCAGCUUGUCGUUCCAGCGACUUCUAUCUCGGAUAAAGAAUCGUACACUACUGCCUUUCCCUCUCAAGGAGCCUUACGCUGGAUUCCAAAAAGUAUCCUUGAAACAAGAUCAGUGCUUCCCUGAAUUAUAUCACUUUGUUGUGCUAGAACUAGAAGUUGAACUACUAGUUUCGCAUCAUCAACCUGCUGUCUGCCGCUGAGGUUUUGCACUCUCUCGACGAUCUAUUUUUACAUACCUGACGACCGGUCCGUCUUUGUUCUCGCUGACCUGUGUUGGAAGUUUCUUCCUUUAGCGGAGCUGGUUGCAAGAUAAUUCGUCGUUGCUUUCCUCGACCUCGAUUUACAUCAAUCAUCAACUACUGGCGAACACAAUCGAAAAUAAAAACUUGGCACGUGGCGCCUUCAACACGGCAAACGACAUGCACAUCAGAAUACAGAAGAUUACACGAUAACAAACGCCUAGCAAGGUUAACGACAUCACCAUAACCAUUUCUCGCAACACAAGAGACAGCAAGGUUCUUUCUCUUUCUCUAGCAGUUGCACAAUAAGCGUGGCCAUCUCCAUCAAACGACAUUUUUCUUGUCAACGGGGAGAAUAAGCGAGACCAGUCGCUUCGCAUUCAUCAAACAGGAGACCUAAAAAACUGUCACAGUUAGUUUGAUACAACGACAAUACCGAAUCUACUCCGACAGCUCAGCGUUGAUUUGAAACGCUUUCGCACUUUCUGUCGCAGUAGACCUUCAAAGUGGAAGACUUACGACGCCACUGAGCACAACUACGACGACUAUCCCAAAAGAGAGCCUCCGUCCAGUAGGCAUAAGUAGCAGUGGCACUUGUUUUCAUCAAGUACUUGAUUAUAUUGAAUUCAGACUUCUUGGGGCAGUUUCCGCGGCAUCGGUGACACCAACAGCCGCAUUAAGAUGGCGGCACACCAACAGCCGGGGAAGGAGGCAUACCAGGAUAUCUACCAGGAGGUUCUAGAGUACGCGAAGGAGCUUUUUCAGGUGAUAUCGCAAUCUGGUGGACCCUUCUCUCCCACCGACAAUGUCUGCACAACAGACAUACACAAUCUGGCGCACAGCGUCACAGGUAUUUAUGCUAUUUUCAUUUUCAUGCAAAUUUUCAUGUUGCCAAUGAAUUGCAAAGGAACAUGAGUUGUUGCCUUCUGCAAUUUGUCCUCUCACUUUCUUGCAAACCGUCGCCGUCGAAUAUAAAAAUUUGCAUUGUCCAACAAAGGUAUGCUGCUGCAUAUGAACUGGACGGAGAUAGCUGGCGAGAUGCUGCCAGACAGGAGUAACACGAUCAAGGGAAAGAUACUAGAAGCACUUGGCGUCUUUUUGAAGAUGAAAAUGAAAACACUGGACGAUUUCAUCCCAACAGUGUGCCAGGAGGCAAUACAGAUGAAAGCACAGUAUCUCAUGAACAGCUACCACCGACGACUUACCGAAGCGCUAACACUAAGACAACAACAGCUGCAGGCGGCAAACGAAGCGACUGGUAGUGCAUCAUCAACCGGCGAAAGAGGAGCGGGCGUGGGCGGUAUUCAUGAUAUCAAAUUUUAAACUUGACUCACAGAUGGACAUCGAGGGUCUCAAUUAUUGCAAGAAAAAUUUGAAGAUGUAGAAGAUUCCUUGGAAAAGUAAAAUACUUUAAAUAUUUCAGUCAAGUACACGUUUACUUAUGAUUCAGUCAUCGCAAUAGAUCUACAACCAGAUUCACCGUCGACAGGUGGUGCCUCGGCUGUGUCCAACGCAACGUCUUCCUCUACAAGCGCCGCCGCAACCGCGGAAGGAACGCUGCCCGAUGCAGCAAAAGAGGUGAUCUCACAGUUCCUGUUUAGCUUUUGGUUGGACGUUCAAACGCCACAGACUGGACAGCCGGUCGGAGGCGAAAUGCACACAAUAGGCAGUAUAUUAGUCGGCGGAAUAGUACAGGGCUUUCCAGACCCGACAGAAGAAGAGUCAACGCAACCAGAAGCGGCGCAAAGAAGAUUGCAGAUUUUGGUAUGAGCUGAUUUCCUUUUCGCACAUACAAUAUUUUUCACAUCGAUAGUUUCGCUCGUCUAGAAUCAACUAUAAUCACACUAGCAGGAACUGGUCGACGAUCGAAACGUCGCGACGAAAAGAUUUUUAAUACCGGGUGUCAUUCCUUCAGAUGUGGCUCACAACAAAUCGGAAUUCCAACCUCCCUAUCAGGUACAGCAAUCUUUGUCAAGUCCUCAAGAAGUGUUAGCCUUGAUGAGCUGCCGACUAAACGAUCUUACGGCGCAACUCAUACGACUCUCAAUGGAGCUCUAUCACAGAACACAGUACUCAAUCGUGAUAGCAUUUUUAUGCUUCUACUUUGCGGUCUUUCUAUGACUACGUGAAAAAAAAUAAGAAUAGUGAUCGCCUUAAUAUGUGCUAUCUAUUAGUGACCCACACAUUCAUCAACAUGUUUCUCUAUUGGGAUUUUUUGCCUGAAAGCCCACAAUUCCCUCCAUCAACUACAAUGUGUAAAAAGGUACAUGUCAAUCGAGACAUCAAGACCGAAGAUGCAGUCGUUUUUUCAGUACUAUACGAUAGAUACAAAACAAUCGGAGAUGUCCACGAGCCUACUGUCGUCGCACACCUCACAAGACGAUCCAGAAUACCGAAAUAGCGUACUAACCAUUGCUAACCCCGAUGCUCCCCUUCAACGAUCAUUUUCUAUAUUAUACGCGACCACAAUAAUUAUGACAUAGAAUGUUAAAACUUAUCCUUGUUCAUGCUCUAGUACAAGUAGCUCCCUGCACUUUUGCUUACCUAAAGGGUUGUCGAGCGCUGCCAGUAUCAUAGAAAUACUGUCAGACCACGUCUCUACGGUCAUCUUCAUGAACGAUGGCAACCGGAACAAUUGCAUACGAGACCAGCUGUAGUUAAGAGUCGUAUCAUCUGUGAAUCAUUACGCGGUCAUUAGCCUACUUCAAACGUCAUCUAUGUACAAGAUCGUUUAUAAGCAUCUUCUAUUUUCGACAUCUCUCAGGUGUUCAGUGUGCAACUGAUAGAUUCAUACUCAGCGUUGCUGGAGCUUCUAAAAAAGAUAGACGCGACAGAUGAGCGCCUCAUAGCGGUGGACUUCGAAGGUACUUAUCAUGGAUAUUCCGACAGAGCAUUCAGAUGUCUUGUUACGCUGGAUGUAUUCUUGAGAAUGAUAUUCAUGUAGGAUAGGAAAUGAAGAACUAACAAAACCCGUUGCCUCUCCAUAUCAAUCCAUAAAGGCAAGUCUUCAUUCAUCAAUUUCGAACAGGUGUGAAGCUGAAUCGCGACGGCCCGUUGUGCCUCAUACAGAUGACGCUUUCUCGAGACCACAGUGUCGUCUAUGUCAUCGAUGUUUUUAUUCUUGCCGGAGCAGCAAUUUCCCAAGUGAAAACUUCGAGAAACACCACACUCCAAAGCAUCCUCGAAAGCGAAGAGAUAGAAAAAGUCUGGUACAACUACGACAACUCCUAUUUUCUAAUGUUGCAUGUGGGCGUGCCAAUUACGCUCUGUUCAGUUUCUUUACAUUGCUAAAAAUGCGCGUUUAUCAUCGCGCAUACUUAAAGAAGCUUGGACCUCAUUUAGUCAUCACUAUGAUCAUCGGACCCGAAAAAGCAUUUCCGUGUUAAACAAAUUCUAUGAAACGCAGGUUUGACCCACGAAACGAUGCUGACGCAUUAUUCCAUCAGUUUGGCGUCUACCCAAAAAACGUUUUCGAUCUUCAGCUCGCAGAGGUUGCUGUCCGACGCUCCCAAGGCCUCAAUGUACUUAUUCAAACUAAUUUGAAUUUUGCAUUUGGUUCUGUCGAUGACCAAGCCGCAACCUUCUAUUCAGAUUCAACUUCUGUUAAAAAAUCCAACAUAUCUGCAUCCCUCUCGUCCCAUUACAGGUAUCAUAUGUGCAGGGGUUGAAUAAGGUGCUAUUGCAGUGCAGCGCUUUAGAUGCAACACAGAAGAAAUUUUCAGAAAACAUUGGGCAGCUCGGAAAGAAUCUGUUUGAGCCGGCAUGCGGUGGCGACUACAGCAUUUUCCAGAAGCGACCACUCGACACAAAUAUUCUGGUCUACUCUGCACACGACGCAAGGUAUAUGCUCGAACUGAGACACCACCUGCUCGAGAACAUUCGGGAUAGAGACAGCUGGAUUCCACGGAUCUUCACAGCAGGUCAGGAGCGAGUAAAUUGGUGCAACAUGAUAAGCUACUUUAUCCCCAACUCCGAGGCGCCCGUGUUUUAA